ACAAACAAUAGCACGAGGUGCGAAUGAAUGAAAAGUGUUAAGAUAAAUUACGGUGCGGUGUAGUUUUCCGUUUCGUGUUCCUUGUCUAUUCAUUUGCAGCAGAUGUUAAAUUACGCGUGUUCGUGUUGAUCAAUUAUUAUAUUGUUCAUUGAUACUUUGAUCGCUAAUGGGAUUACAUUGUAUUGAUAUUGCUCUGCUGUGUUUUUAGUUGUCGAAGUUUUUCAUUAUAUUUUUUAAAAUUUUAUUUACUUGUUUUUUUCACUGGAGAAUUCCGGAUCGAAUUUAUCAAAGAUUGACGUACCUACCAACGAAGUACAGAACUAUAAACUAUACAGAUUCACUGACACGUUUUUUUUUCUCGAAGUCAAUGACUAUGACGAUGGUCCAAAGAAACAUGAAAGCUCAGCUGUUGGUUACUUUAGCAGCGUGUAACGUAAUAAUUUUACUACCCUCGGUGCUAGUCCAAGUAGCAUGUCAACCUACUCGUACAACUAACGAAGACGCAGACGAGAUCACCGGACUGGAAGAAAACACGUUGCUUAAUUCGCCAGAUUUCAUCUCUCUACCUUUGGAUGAAAAUUAUAAGAAGAGGACGAAAUUAUCAACUUCGUCGCAAGAUAACGACGACGACGAAGUAAUGCAAACUGCUGAAACUUACUUUAGACCAUUAUCCAGGUACAGAGAAUUGCAAAAGGAGAAAGAACAGAAAAAGAAAGAAAAAUACGGAUCUGAUAAUGAAGUAGCUGCCGCAGCCCACGCACCGGUUGUUGCCAGACCUCCGAAUACCAAUCGAGUUUACAAUACUAAAUUGCUAUCGAAAAACCCCGAGUAUUGUUUACCAGUUAAAAACGGCGUUGUUUGUUUUUACAAAGUAUGACGAAGAUCCGCAGGUGAAGACGACUUACAUAAAAGUGGAAAUUGUCGUGUGCCAAAGACCAGCUACGUGUCAAGGUGCACAUAUCUACACAGCACAACAGUCAACACCAGAGCCCGAUAGUUUAUAUUUUUUGUUGCAAUGUAAAUUGCAAACAAGUGUCAGUACGACGACGACGACGUUUAGAUAGGUAAAUAAUUCUGCAGAAUAGGUAUGCCAAUAUGGGGGGAUAGUAAUUCGACUCAAUGUUUAUGUUGUCGAGAUUAGGUGCGAGUUAAAGUAAUGAUACCUAGUGUGAAAGUUUCAAGGAUUAAAGGAGGUAUGUGGAUUGUGGAUUUUGCUGAUUGAGAUGAGAUACGAGUAUUUUUUCAGGAGCACCCAUUUUUGCAUAUUUUAGCUCCAAGUUGCAUAAUACAUAAUGUUUGUUGUGCAUAUAUUUAUUUUGGGUGAAAAAGUGCAUAAAAUUUGAGGAUUCUCUGAAUAAUUUGAGAGUAGAGAAUACCUAUAUUGUAUGGUUGAUUACGUAGGUAAGUUAAGACUGGCGCUUUGAAAGUUGAAAUGAAAAAAUACACAAGCUUGGAUAGCCAAUGCAUGUUUUUUUUUGUGUGGAAUUUAGACAAUUACCUACACAUUUUGUUAUUUUAUUAUGGGAAAUGUUUUGUAAUUUAUUGUAAAUAUAUGGUUUUUUGUUUUUA